AAGAGGGCGUGCCAUGGUGUUAUGUGUGAGUGAGUGAGUACGGUUUGUGUCUUGGUGUGUAUGCACUGUAUGUGUGUGUGUGGGUGAGCUUGGUAUGUAAGCACCGUCACAGAUAGAUCACACAAGGAAAUACAAUUGCAUAAGGAAGAAACAAAUUCAGAGAAUAUCUACUCAGGUGAAGGCUGGUAGCCUCGGUCACUGAAAUCUGACAGACCAUGGGUGGAGGUCAGAGCAAAGACAAAAUGCACUGCAACCGCUACAUGAAUGGCCAAGGCCCCCUCUCAGUCGAGCAGCAAAUGGAGCAGGACCUGAAGGGACCCAGUGGCAACCAGUCAGUGGGGGACCAGCCAGAGGGAUCAAUGGCCCUGCAGCAUGAGAGAAGGAGUCUGCCAGGCUUCCCCAAAGAUGACACUAUCAAAAUCAAUUUCGUCUUUUCGGACGGUAUUCAAACGGAAGCUCAUCCCAGGCCAGGGGAGAAGUUUCACGGGCUGCAGACGGCUGCCUACUUGCCUCAGAACACCAAGGGGACAGCAGUGGUCAAACUGCUGGAGAGGGCUUUUCAGCAGAGGAUGCUCUUCACCGUGGCAACCAACAGUGAUGGGGAGGAGGCCGUGGUGCCUACAGACGUGCCCCUAAAGACCAUCGGAGACGAGUCUGGACCGGAGAGCCUUCGGUAUCCAGAUUCCAACUACCUGAACGAUGUAGUCAAAGUUCUGAAGGCCAAGGGGAUCAAGUGACUGCAGAACAGACCACUCAAUCGAAUGGAAUGCGCUGUACAGAAUGGAAUGGAAUUGAAUGGAACUUAGGUGACAUAGUUAAAAGGACUCGAUUAUGUCACUGCUUUUGUAGGGAACUAGGCAUUGAAACAAACAAACCACCAAAUCACGGUACCAGUUUGGGUGUGUCAUGAAUCACAAAUGUUAGGCUGUUGUGGUGAGCCUCACAGUCUAGUUACUGUGUCAAAUAUACACACAGGUAUUGGAUUCAUUAUGGUUUUGUAUAUACUAUGUAUAGAAUAUCUGUAUAAAAUCGUGUGUGUGUGUGUGUGUGUGUGUGUGUGUGUGUGUGUGUGUGUGUGUGUGUGUGUGUGUGUGUGUGUGUGUGUGUGUGUGUGUGUGUGUGUGUGUGUGUGUGUGUGUGUGUGUGUGUGUGCGUGCGCGCGCGCGUGACAGAGAAAGAAACUGUCUGUAGCCUAUUUGUAAUGAUUUACUAAAUUAUCUACUUGCAUUAUAAAAUAUUAUUUAUGUUCAUUUAGUUCACUAUGCUAAGCAUGUUCAAAACAGAAGGUUCAUUUGUCAAUACAAAUACAAUGAAUGUAAGAUUUGUCAACAAGUUUUAAAUUAAAGUAAAAAAAAAAAAAUCAAAGCAUCAUAUGGGCAAUCUAUGUUUCACCAAUACUGUGAGUAUCCAAUACUGUGCGUAUCUAUGUUUCACCAAUACUGUACUGUGCAUGUCCACUGCAUCCUACUCUUGAAUGGAGUUUCAGUCCU